UUGGUCAGGGACAAAGAGCCGGCUUUUAAAAUCCACUUGUUCAAGUUCAGAAAGGGGUGAAAGGUGCCCCAAGGCGAUGAAUGACGUUUAUUAAAGGCACCUCCUCAGCGGUCAGCUUGGUUAGUCCCCAUUGGAAAGUGAAAGAAGAAAGACCUAUAGAAUGAAUCGCUUGUUCGUUGUUCUCGCUUUGACCCUUGGGUCGAGUUUAGCUGAUGUGAAGAAUGGGAACAACAAUGCCGUUCCUCAAUUUGCUGAGCCCAGAGACACUUCAUAUGGCGUUCCAUCCUCAACGUUUUCCGAUUCUUCGUUCAAUUCCGGUGGAACGUUUUCCAACGCGGGUCCUAGUGGGUUCUCAAGUGGUCCCACAUUUACCAAACCCAUCACGUACUCCUCAGGUCAAUCAUUCUAUUCCAAUGAUCCGGGAUUCAACGCGGGCAUCGGCGGCUCUUUUGGCAACACUGGGGGCGGUCUAUCAGCAUCCUUCCCGUCCGAUCUGAUCUCAACCGGACUGAAUUUGGUGUUGGGCCUUUUUGCAUUCUCUCUCAUUAUGCAGAUCGUGACGAAAGUGGCUUCUUCUUCCCUAUUCGAUAAUCUGUUCAAAGCACGAGCUCUCGAGUCGGAUAAUAUGGUGGAACUAGCCAAUUUCGCCAUGAAGGCCUACCGCAGAUAUGAGGAGAUGAACAAUGUACCCAAAUGAUUCAGUUGGCCAAGCAAAUGGGGCUUUCCAGGAUCUCAGAAUGAAAGAAGAAGUAUGCCUGUCUGGAAUAUUCCUCUUCGACAGGAAGGAAUUGGUUCCAAGUACAUAUGUGUGAUGGUAUGAAUGUGAUAAAGCGAGAAAUGCCAAAACAAUUGAGCAAGAAUUAAAUCAACCAAACCUGAAUGACACACUUGCGUUUGUUGAUA